UGGAACAACAUGUGUGCGCAGCGAUGGAAAGAUAGAAAGAAUCCAGACAGAGAAGGGGAAAGCCAGGGAGCACAGCAGAGAUCUGAGAGGAGACAGGAGAGAAGCAGACAAGGCAAGCCAGCUGACCGACUGGACUGACUCCUGAAAGGCUACAGAGACUGAUUCAGGGUUGCAGAGGUUGAGGAGACAGAAAGAAGCCACCAAACUGGAUCAAUAGGACGAGACAGAGCAUGGAUGGAAUGAUAAGGACAGAGUGAGAGAGGCACUGACAGAGUAGAAAAAUGAGGUAGAAAGAGCAAAAGUCUCCAGAAGGGUGGAAGAAGUGGCUGAUGGAAAGACAGAGUAGGAUGUAAGCCCGACUGGAACAACAUAAAAGAAAUCAAAUAGAAAUCAGUUCUGAUGGAGUGACAGAAAAGGCAGAAGGUGACAGAUAGGCUGGAAGCCUCCCGACAGAUAGGAAGAUGGCAAGAAGACUCUAGCUGGAGCAACUGGAGGAGGUCACCCUCGAUGAGGUGUGAUGAGAGAGGCCAUCAGGACUCUGAAGACUGAGACCCAGAAGAGUGGGUGACAGAGCUUGAGAGGGACCGCUCUCCCUCCACUCCCACCAAGGGAGUGACAGGGCAAUCCAUCUCAAACAGAGCCACCACAGAAGUCCUUCAACUCCAAAGGCAUUCGAAGGGGUCCUCCCCUUCCCUUGGGAAAAGUGAUAGAAGGAGAAUUUGCUCCACGUGGGCAGUGUGGAAGAGCCAGGCCUUGGGGUCAGCAGUUUUGCCCCCAUGGCGCGGGCUCCGCCUUCACCCCUGACUCCCAGCAACAUUCCUCGUAACCUAAGCUACAUUGCAGGCUUGUACGAGCGAGCAUAUUACCGUACGGCCCGGCCAAGCCUGGCUGAGGAUUCGGGAACCGAGGGCUCCGAAUCGGAGUCGGAGAGCAGGCCACGGAGCCGACCCAGGAGACGCCGCCAUCUCUUUGGAGGCCCCAAGAGAAGGGGGAGGCGCCGAACUCGCUCCGCCCCAGCCCGGGGCAAGAGCAGAGGGGCCUCACGCAGCCACAGCCCCAGGACACGCAAGAGGGUCCGUUUCGCCGACUCCCUGGGUCUAGAGCUCACCAGCGUCCGGCAGUUCUGGCCCAACGACCUUCCACAAGUGCCGGAGCGGGUCCAUAACCAGCUGAGGCGUGACUCACUCAGUCACUUUGCCCCUUGCCUGCCCUUUUACCCACCAAUGAAGGAACCUUUCAGCCUCCGCUGCCUGUUGGAACCCACUUUCCCAGACCCGGUGUCCAUGCCUGAUUUCUCACCGCGCCUCCUGGCCCAGUGCGUGCUGCUGGAAGGUGUCCGGGCUGAGGGCUCCUGUGUGUCCGGCACCAUCCGAGUGCUCAACUUGGCCUAUGAGAAACGAGUCUCUGUGCGGUACACCUGGGAUUCCUGGGCCACACAACAUGAAGCUCGGGCAUCCUACGCCACUGCUGCAGGGCGGGACAGAGACCACGCUGACCGCUUUGCCUUCCGCCUGCCACUUCCGGUACCAAUGGCCCUGGGGGGCAUCCUAGAGUUUGCUCUGUGCUACCUUGUGGGUGGGAAGGAGUUCUGGGACAACAACCAAGGUCGCAACUAUGUUCUUCGGCCCCCACCCUGUGUGGAUGAGGAGGAUGAGCCCCCCAGCCCCACUAAUGAUUGCUGUGAGACAGGAUGGAUACACUUUCUAUAGGGGGUCAUUCAGACUAGUGAGAUCAGAAGAAGGCAAAAAGUGAAGGAAAGAAUAGGGUGGAGAGAGAAACUUGCCCAGUGUCCGAUACAGUACUCCUUGCCAGGAGUCAAAGGGAUAAGAUAGACUGCCACUAUAAAUAACCAUAUGCUGGAAUUUGCUUAAGGCAAUCUGGGCUUGACUACAUGCAUAGUGAGAAGGGAAGUCACCCCAUGGCAUUUCUCCCACCUCUGCCAAGGGCACGUGAAUCAGUAUUGUUCCAGUUUUACAGAUGGGAAGCAAGAGGCUGAAAGAGAGCGAUUUGAGUCUGCAGUAAGCUAGGAUUGGAACCCAGAUCUCCAGCAUGGUCAUCCAGCAUUGCUCCAUUGGGCCAUUAGGGGGCAUUUGGGACUGAGCAAAACCUACAUAAAUAUGGCGGAUGGUUUUUGAUACAAAUGUACAAACCCUAACCCUAACCCUAACCCAAACUUGCAACUUGUAUAUUGCAACAAAACCCAUGUCCAUCUUAAGGUUCAUCAAUAUAUUCACUCUCUUUAGUGGAAUCUUUCCGGUGCCUUAUACUGAGAUAGAAAAGGGCCAGCUAAAUGCAUCUGAAUAUGAGAGGAAGGCAAGGCAAGGCCCAGCUUAGAGAAAUGGCAACCGAACUAGCCCCGGUGAAACAAAAGAGGGUCUCCACUUCUAUAUACUGCCACUCACAGGUGGAUCUCUCUGACAUUGACUGUUACCAGGUGCUAGAUCACACAAAGAACAUUCAGUUAUCAUCAAGCUGAGGAUUGGUCCAGACAUGCUACCUUUCCCCCAUCUUCCUCCUGCAUGAAUAGAAGGGAAAUGUGGACAGUAUGAAUGUUUUUGGUUGCAUCAUGGAUGGUUCUCUCUUCUUGUGUAUUCCAGACUUGUGAACACCUGGUUUUAAAAAGUCAUGCUUGUGCCUUGUGCAUGUUUUCGCACAAUGAACAUGGACCACUU